UACAAUCCAGCGGAUGCAUCAUCAAUAUAAGAAUGAGAAAGGCAGAGGCCAGUUACAAAACCGUGGACAGCAGAUUUGAGCUUUUUAGUCCCACGCAUGUCUUCAGCCGAGUCAGGAGUGCGGCUUGCCAAAUCUAAAACAGUUGAGAGAACAAGAGUGCAAACUAGGCGUGGCCACGCGGCAGCAGAUUUCGUGAACCUCGCAUUGCAUUCGAGUCUUGGCACUGCCACCGGCGACCGGACACGGUCAGUUUGCCCGGGUAGAAGGAGAGUUUGGCGUGAGACAAACCCACCAGUUUCCACGAAGCACACAGAUGGGGACACGAGACUCAUCAUCGCACUCCCGUCGCUCGCACCAAGUUGGUUGACCCGUUACGCGCAAUCGAGUUUGCGAAUUUUCUCUGUGGUUGAGGAAGCGGAAGCUCUUGCUUAUACCCGGAAAGGAGUUAAUUUACCCAAAAUUUUCACUUGAAUCCGAUUGCUGUGCUUUCAAAAGUUUGAGGUCCCAGGAGGCAGGACAGAGCAAGCUGGAGGAAGAUCAUUGCCACCGAUCAACACCACUGCCGGUAGAAAUGGGCAAAUUCUGUACAGACACACCAUGGGGAAGUCUGAAUGACAGAAUGAACAGAUAAGUUUCUUUGAAAAUCAUCUGUUAAUAAUUGAGAGAAAUCAAGGACUCCAACAAGAGCGAAAAGUUUGACUCCUUGGCACCGUUGACCUGUCUUCAGGCUCCAGCUGCCUUCUUCCUUCGCCCUGGAGCAGCAGCAGCCACCCACGGCCAUGGAAAAAGCAAGAGCAACGACUUUUGACUGACUCCGCCCAUCCAUCGCACCGCCGCACGCGGCCCAGCAUACCCGGCCGAACACGCCACUCCGGCACGCCCCAAUCCAUUAAUCCAUCCCCAUUCCACCGCACAGCCGAAACAAUGGCGCGCGCCCUCGGCAGCCGCACGGCGGCGCUCACGCUGACGCUCCUCCUGUCCCUCCUCCUCCUUACCAUGGCGGCGGCGCAGCAGGAGUACGAGGCCAACAAGCAGAACGCCUGCUACUCCACCAACAGCAGCUCCGUGCUCGGCUACGUCUGCAACGCCACCGCCGCCGCCGCGUCCGCCCCCUGCGCCACCUACCUCGUCUUCCGCUCCUCCCCGCCCUAUUACCAAACCCCGGUCUCCAUCUCCUUCCUCCUCAACUCCGACCCCGCCGCCGUCGCCGACGCCAACGCCGUGCCGACCGUCUCCGCCAUCGCCGCCUCCCACCUCGUCCUCGCCCCCAUCCCCUGCGCCUGCUCCCCGCGGGGCUUCUACCAGCACAACGCCACCUACGAGAUCCAGUUCGACGAGGAAACCUACCUCAUCAUCGCCAACAACACCUACCAGGGCCUCACGGCCUGCCAGGCGCUCAUCGCGCAGAACCCCGACCACGACAGCCGCCGGCUCGUCAAGGGGAACAACCUCACCGUGCCGCUACGCUGCGCGUGCCCCUCGCCGGCCCAGCGCGCCGGGGGCGUCCGGCACUUGCUCACCUACCUCGUCACCUGGGGCGACACCGUCUCCGCCAUCGCCGCCCGGUUCCGCGUCGAGCUACAAGCGGUGCUCGACGCCAACAGCCUCACCGGGACCGAAACCAUAUUCCCCUUCACCACGCUGCUCAUCCCGCUCAAGAACGCGCCCACGGCUGACAUGCUCGUGUCCCCGGCCUCGCCGCCCGCGCCGUCUCCGCCGCAGACCUCGCAGCCGCCGGCGGAUGGAGGGUCCGGGAGCGGGAGGUGGGUCGCCGUCGGGGUCGGUGUUGGCGUCGGCGUCCUCGCGCUCGCGGGCCUUGCUGUCCUGGCGUUGAUUUGGGUUCGGCGGCGGCGUGCGCGGCCCGGCGUUGGGGAAGAAAGCGGUCGCCCGGGGAGAAGUAAGGUGGCUCUCGACGUGCCCUCGUCGGCGGAUUACGACGCCCUGGCCUCCGGCAAGCAUACGACCGGCACGACGACGACCACGACCUCCACCUCGUCGUCGUCCGCGGCGGCCAUGAGGACGCUGCUGUCCAGCGACGCGCGCGCGGCGGCGGAGUCGCUGACGGUGUACAAGUACUCGGAGCUGGAGAAGGCGACGGAGGGGUUCUCGGAGCAGCGGCGGGUGGCCCCGAACGCGUCCGUGUACCGGGCCGUGUUCAACGGCGACGCGGCGGCCGUGAAGCGCGUGGCGGGCGACGUGAGCGGCGAGGUGGGCAUCCUGAAGCGCGUGAACCACUCCAGCCUCGUCCGCCUCUCCGGCCUCUGCGUCCACCAGGGCAACACCUACCUCGUCUUCGAGUUCGCCGAGAACGGCGCCCUCAGCGAGUGGCUCUACGGCGCCCGCUCCGCCGCAAACUCCACACUCGUGUGGAAGCAGCGGAUCCAGGCGGCAUUCGACGUGGCCGACGGGCUCAACUACCUCCACCACUACACCAACCCGCCCUGCGUGCACAAGAACCUCAAGAGCAGCAACGUUCUCCUGGACGCCGACCUCCGCGCCAAGGUCUCGAGCUUCGGCCUGGCGCGCGCCGUCCCAGAGGGCGUUGGCAGCGGCGCGCAGCUCACGCGCCACGUGGUGGGCACGCAGGGGUACCUGGCGCCCGAGUACCUGGAGCACGGCCUCAUCACGCCCAAGCUCGACGUCUUCGCCUUCGGGGUCAUCCUCCUCGAGCUGCUCUCCGGGAAGGAGGCGACGUUCGACGGCGAAGGCGAGAAAAGAGGGGAGACGACGACGACGACGCUGCUGUGGGAGUCCGCGGAGGGGAUGGCACUGGCCGACGACGGCGGGGACGCGCGGGGCAAGGUGCGCGAGUUCAUGGACCCGCGGCUGAAAGGCGACUACCCGCUGGACCUCGCCGUGGCCGUGGCGUCGCUGGCGGCGCGGUGCGUGGCGAGGGAGCCCCGCGCGCGGCCGGCCAUGAAGGAGGUGUUCGUCACGCUCUCGGCGGUGUACAACUCCACCCUGGAUUGGGACCCGUCGGAUUACGGCAACUCUGGCUCUUCCAUUGUGGGGAGAUAAGAUAGUGUAUCAAUUUAGCAUUCAUUUCCGGAGAUGAACGGAUGAUUUUGAGUCGAAUUUUGUGUUAAUUUCCGCUUGUUGUGUAUAAGUACGAUACAGUAUAGUACUAGUAUUGGCGUGCAGCUAGAGUGAAAACAAAUGCAAAUCUGAAAUUGGUGAUUUAUCCUGAGGUCAAAUUUCUGAAA